AUGUUUAGAGAAGUUGAAAGUUCCGUUUUUUCUCAGUUUGUUCAGGCGAGACACAAGUCGAGUGGAGGAGGAUGGAGACCGAAGAAGAAAAUAUACCACAGAGUUCACGAGCUUGAUAAAGCGAUAGACUUGAAGAAGAAACCAACUCUGAUCCUUCAGCUGAAAUCCAUUCUUCAGACGCAGAAACACGGAAGCAUUCUUCUGAGGGAUCUCGAGAAGCAUGUUGGGUUUGUUCACAAGUGGAAUCUAAUGGCUGCCAUUGAGAAGUACCCUUCGAUUUUUCACGUUGGAGGUGGAAACAGAGAGCCUCCGUUUGUUACUCUGACUGAGAAAGCUAAAAAGAUUGCAGCUUUGGAAUGUGAAGCUACAGAGUCAAUGGAACCGAUUCUGGUUAACAAUCUCAGGAAGUUGUUGAUGAUGUCUGUUGAUUGUCGAGUGCCUUUGGAGAAAGUUGAGUUUUUUCAGUCUGCAAUGGGUUUGCCUCAAGACUUUAAGAGCUCGUUGAUCCCUAAGUACCCUGAGUUUUUCUCUUUGAAGGUUGUUAAUGGAAAAGUUAAUCUUUUGUUAGAGAAUUGGGACUCUUCAUUGGCAGUCACUGCGAGGGAAGAGAGGUUAUCUCGUGAAGGAGUUCUUGAGAACAGGAAGAAGGUAAGGAUCACAAAGGAUGGAAAUUUCUUGGGAAGGAACGCGUUCAAGAUCUCUUUCCCUCCUGGUUUUAGACCUAACGCAAGUUAUCUUGAGGAAUUUGAGAAGUGGCAGAAGAUGGAGUUUCCAUCUCCGUACCUUAACGCGAGAAGGUUUGACGUUGCGGAUCCUAAAGCUAGGAAACGAGUUGUAGCUGUGCUUCAUGAGCUUCUCAGUUUGACAAUGGAGAAGAGAGUGACUUGCUCUCAGCUGGAGGCAUUUCACUCCGAGUCUCUGCUUCCAUCAAGACUAAUACUCUGCUUGAUUAAGCAUCAAGGGAUCUUUUACAUUACCAACAAAGGAGCAAGGGGUACAGUCUUUCUCAAAGAAGCUUAUGAUGGCUCUAGUUUGAUUGAGAAGUGUCCGUUGUUAUUGUUCCAUGAGAGAUUUGUUGCACUCUGUGGUCGGAGAGAAGCCAGUCUAUGUAAUGAUGAAAUGCAGUCUUCAAGUGUUAUCUCCUAA